AGCCUAGCCCCUCCCCUUUUUCUAACACAUGACCGAAAAGAGCUAAAGAGUGUUUUGAUUUUGGCAUCUUCAUCUAGUAUGUUUUCUCGGUGACUGCUAGACUUGUAGACCUGUAGACAAGCUCGACUAUGCGGCCUGGUUUGACUCCACUAGAUCUAGAUCUCUGUUGAACAAGAAGCCAUAAUGAGCAGUAACACGACAAACAAUGAGCUCGAAUGGUUGGAGGUUAAUUGCUGGGUGUCCUGGCCUGUGUGGGAGUGUGUUAUAGCCAACAUUGCCGGUCUUGUCAGCACAGUUCUCUGGUUUACGGUACUCCUUCCACAAGUACUCAAAAACUUUGUCCGUCGCUCUGUGUCGGGUCUGAGCUUUCUUUGGGCAGUCGCUAACUUCACCGCUUCUCUUGUGAACAUAUUCUUUGCUUUCUCCAUUGAGCUGCCUCUCUAUGUCAGGGUGUCUGCUGUGUACAUGCCUGUACUAGAGUUGAUUAUCCUCGGGCAGUUCAUGAUGUAUUCCCAGAAACCUUUCACGACGAGGUUGCUUGCAUUGUUGGUGUGUUUAUUGAUAUGGGGAGGGAUUAUCGAGCUGGAGUUGAACCUACCUGAGUCUAAAGAAAAGAUUCAAUGGAUAGCUAUCUCCCUGUGGUCUAUUGAGACGUUUCCUCAGGUGAUACUGAACAUGAAAUUGCAGUCAACCGAAGGCCAGUCGACGAUUUCGGUCAUUAUCACAGUUUUUGGGAAGACGACAGACUUUCUGGUUACGUAUGGACUCAACAUGCCUCUUCCUUACGUUGUCAUGCGCUACUAUUCUAGCUCUGUUGCUUUCAUUAACGGAUUCCAAGUGGUAUGGUACGGUCAAGACAGCUGGUUUUCCAAUCACCCACUCACCUCUGUUAAAACGAGUGGUGAAUCGUCCACCGAUGAAAGCACCAAACUUCUCAAAGACAGAGUAUCGGAUAUGAUGCUUGACCACCAAAUCAACGCCAGUAAGAGAGAACUAAGUGAGACAAACAGAACAUGCAGAUCCUGUUGUGUUAGCGUAACUCGUUUUAUUAGUCUAAGCUAUAUUGUAUUGGGGCUAUUUGUAUUCGCAGUGGGAUUUUUCUUGAGGACAAUAUCAUUUUUUUCUCUGUUAGGACCUCUGUCCUGUUUCUGUGUGGUGUUUUGUGCAAACGAGUACUUUCGUCUUAGGCAAAGUAAAAAAUGCUUUCAAUAAAACUUGUGAUAAUAA